AUGACGGGAAGCACUCCAGCCAAUCGACCUCACCAAUCCCACAAUGAAACAGCAACCCGCUACUUCGAGCACUCCUCCGCCCCACGCACCAACACAGACACAAUCAUAGUCGAAGCCAUCCGCGCCGAGUACCCCGACCUCCACCUCACAGUCGUCCCUCGCUUCUCCCUUAACCUCUUCAGCUAUGCCGCCGCCGGCCACGCCUCGAUCGCUCCCAUCGACAAAGAAAAAGACCGCCUCACAUGGCGCACCUUCAUCCCACCCGCCACACGUCUCUACGGCCAACGAGGAGCACUCGCCGAUAUAGUAAAGCUAGGGAAAUACCUCUUCGAUUGGCAAGGGAAGGAAUUCGUAGUAUACAUAGUAGAUGGUCGAGACGGAAACUCGCCAUACCCACAAAUCGUGAACCAAUACGUCCUCUCCUCCUCCAUCGAAGCCACGAACAGCCUUCUGUUUGAGGCCGGAGCCUGGGGCGCCGAACUCCACGACGAAAUUUACGUCUUCGACGGUGGCUUUUGGAGCAAGAACCGCGAACUAUGGGAAAGCGUCCAAAACGCCCAUUGGUCAGACGUCAUCCUCGAUGCCAAAAUGAAGAUCGCGAUCAAAACCGAUGUCCUAAACUUCUUCGAUAGUAGGGAUACCUACGAACACCUCCGCGUCCCCUGGAAACGAGGUAUAAUUUUCUAUGGGCCGCCCGGGAAUGGCAAGACGAUCAGUAUCAAGGCCAUGAUGCAUAGUCUCUACGACCGCGAGCAGCCCGUGCCGACGUUGUAUGUCAAGACGUUGGCCAGUUUUGCCGGGCCAGAGUAUAGUAUCAAUCAGAUUUUCAUGAUGGCGAGGCGGAUGGCGCCUUGUUAUCUGGUGUUUGAGGAUUUGGAUAGUAUUGUGUCUGAUAAUGUGCGGUCUUACUUCCUCAAUGCCGUGGAUGGGAUUCAGAAGAAUGAUGGAAUUUUGAUGGUUGGGUCGACGAAUCAUCUCGAUCGACUUGACCCAGGUAUAGCCAAACGCCCCUCCCGCUUCGACAGGAAAUACCUCUUCCCCAACCCUAAUGAGAAGGAACGAACGGCAUACAUGCAAUACUGGCAGACCAAACUAUCCGACAAUGACGAUCUUGACUUCCCAGAUAAACUCUGUCCUGCCAUCGCCAAGAUCACCAACGGGUUCAGCUUCGCAUUCCUCCAGGAAGCUAUGGUCGCUGCUCUGCUGUCGAUCGCGAGGGAUAAAGACGUGUUUAUUGAGAGUGUUUGUUUGGAAUGUUUGGAGGCACAUAAGAGGCCAGGUAACGGGAGGAGUUGUGAGAAUGAAAGCACGCGGCCGUUCAAGGGGCUGUAUGAUUGGAUUUGGACUGUGAGACAGAUGGACGAGGAGGAUGGGGAUCUGGAUAAUUAUCUUUUGUGGCGAGCAGUCAAGAAACAAGUCAGAAUCUUACGCGAGGAGUUGGGCGAUGAGAAGGGGAAGAGAUGA